GUGCUCAUGGUAGCAGAAAAGCCAUCCCUGGCACAGUCCAUUGCCAAAAUCCUCUCCCGAGGGAACAUGUCCUCACACAAAGGGCUGAAUGGGGUAUCUUCAGUGCACAAGUACGCAGGAACCUUCGCUGGCCAGCCCGUCCACUUCAAGAUGACAUCUGUCUGUGGUCAUGUGAUGACUCUGGAUUUUAUGGGAAAGUACAACAAAUGGGAUAAGGCGGAUCCUGCGGAGCUAUUCAGCCAAGCUCCAACAGAGAAAAAGGAAGCUAACCCCAAGCUGAACAUGGUCAUGUUCCUGCAGGUGGAGGGCAGAGGCUGUGACUACGUCGUGCUGUGGCUGGACUGUGACAAGGAAGGCGAGAAUAUUUGCUUUGAGGUCCUUGAUGCCAUUCUGCCUGUCAUGAAUAAUGCCCACAGUGGUGAGAAGACAGUGUUCCGGGCCAGGUUCAGUUCCAUCACUGACACAGACAUCUGUAAUGCCAUGACCCGCUUGGGUGAGCCAGACCACAAUGAGGCACUCUCAGUGGAUGCCCGCCAGGAACUAGACCUAUGCAUCGGCUGUGCUUUCACUAGGUUCCAAACAAAGUAUUUCCAGGGAAAAUACGGAGAUUUAGACAGCUCUCUCAUCUCCUUUGGGCUGUGUCAGACUUCUACCCUGGGAUUCUAUGUGGAAAGACAUGAUAAAAUCCAGUCCUUCAAACCAGAGACCUACUGGGUGCUACAGGCCAAGGUUCAUACCAAUAAAGAGAAAUCUCUCCUUUUGGACUGGGACCGCGUUAGAGUGUUUGACCAGGAAAUUGCGCAGAUGUUUUUAAACAUGACAAAGUCAGAGAAAGAAGCUCAGGUGGAGGCUACAAGCAGGAAAGAAAAGGCCAAGCAGAGACCACUUGCCCUAAACACAGUGGAGAUGCUGCGUGUGGCCAGCUCAGCUCUGGGUAUGGGACCACAGCAUGCCAUGCAAAUAGCUGAGAGGUUAUACACACAGGGCUACAUCAGCUACCCACAGACAGAAACCACCCACUAUCCGGAGAACUUUGACCUGAAGGGCUCUCUGCGACAGCAAGCCAACCACCCUUACUGGGCAGACUUGGUAAAGCAGUUGUUAACAGAAGGCAUCAACCGCCCACGGAAAGGCCAUGAUGCUGGCGACCAUCCUCCCAUCACACCUAUGAAGUCAGCUACAGAGGCUGAAUUAGGGGGUGAUGCAUGGCGACUCUACGAGUAUAUCACCAGACACUUCAUUGCCACAGUCAGCCAGGACUGCAAGUAUCUACAGAGCACUAUCUCCUUCAGAAUCGGGCCUGAAAAAUUUACAUGCUCGGGAAAGACAGUCAUCUCCCCAGGCUUCACAGAGUUCAUGCCUUGGCAGAGCGUGCCCCUGGAAGAAAGUCUGCCCACAUGCCAGAAAGGUGACACCUUCACUGUGGGUGAGGUGAAGGUGCUAGAAAAGCAGACGAGCCCACCAGAUUAUCUGACUGAGGCUGAGCUCAUCACGCUCAUGGAGGAGCACGGUAUCGGGACUGAUGCCAGUAUCCCUGUGCACAUCAACAACAUUUGCCAGCGCAACUAUGUCACUGUGGAAAGUGGCCGCCGGCUCAAGCCCACCAACCUUGGCAUCCUCCUGGUACAUGGUUACUACAAGAUAGAUGCAGAGCUGGUACUCCCCACUAUCCGCAGUGCAGUGGAGAAGCAGUUGAACCUGAUUGCCCAGGGCAAAGCUGACUACCACCAGGUCCUGGGCCACACCCUGGAUAUCUUCAACAGAAAGUUCCACUACUUUGUUGAUUCUAUUGCUGGCAUGAACAAGUUGAUGGAGGUAUCCUUUUCACCCCUGGCUGCCACGGGCAAGCCCCUCUCACGUUGUGGGAAGUGCCAUCGAUUUAUGAAGUAUAUUCAGGCCAAGCCCAGCCGCCUACACUGCUCCCACUGUGACGAGACCUACACCCUCCCCCAGAAUGGUACCAUCAAGCUCUACAAGGAGCUGUGGUGCCCAUUGGAUGACUUUGAACUGGUCCUGUGGUCCUCAGGCUCCCGGGGCAAGAGCUACCCACUCUGUCCCUACUGCUAUAACCACCCACCCUUCUGAGACAUGAAGAAAGGCAUGGGCUGCAAUGAAUGCACACACCCUACCUGCCAGCACUCACUGAGCAUGCUGGGCAUUGGCCAGUGUGUGGAGUGUUAGAAUGGAGUCCUGGUUCUGGACCCCACCUCCGGGCCCAAGUGGAAGGUGGCCUGCAAUACCUGCAAUGUGGUGGCACACUGCUUUGAAAAUGCUCACCGAGUACGGGUAUCAGCCAACACCUGCAACACCUG